AUGGUUGACUGGGGACUGGGCGAGCAGGAGGAUGUGCUGAGCAAAGGCCGGAGGCCCAGAAGGAAACAAAUACAGACUCUGAGUGAAGCUGCUGAACUGGCCCCCGGGGGCUGGGUGAUUGGAAUGAGCCCUGUGCUGUCCUCAUUCCUGAGGGAGCUCCCCGGCUGGUUCCUGUUCGCUGGGGUCUUCCUGCCUAUGACUUUGCUGCUGCUCCUCCUCAUCGCCUACUUCAGGAUCAAACUGAUGGAGGUUAAUGAAGAACUGUCACAGACUACCAGUCAUCACCAAUACAAACGCAGGGCUGGCUCUUCCCAGUACCAGAGAAUGAAACAAAGGUGACUUGGGGACUGGUCAAUGGCUAAACACAGCGAAUUUCUAUGGGUCAAAGAGCAAAAGUCAGCAGCUUAGCUAAUAAAGUAAGUUAAUACACUCAAACAGCAGCAAAAAUAGAAAGAAUGCUAAGAGGCUUGUUCUUAACCACAUUGAAAAGUGGCAGCUAUUAUCCAGAGAGACAUCUACGAGACUCAGUUAAAGAGCAGUUCAUCAGAAAAUACAAAGAAUAUAAGAUUUGCUUGGAUGUGGACUGGGCACUUUGCAAGUUUUGAGCUUUUAUAGGACUCUGUCUACUCUGAUGGACACUAUUUUUUUAAAUUUUUUAAAAAUGUUUUUACUUA